AUGAGUCAAUAUUCGGGAACUGGAUCCAGCGGUCAGCUGACGAAUACGCAAAACUCGUACACUAACCAACACCUGCUGACGUCGGAGGACGACACUUCCAAACUGCUCGAUUUCUACGACCGAGUGUCGUCGGGAAUCAGCAUUCACCACCAGUCCUCAGCAAACGACGACUCAGUGGACAGGAAGAAGAAGCUGCUGGAAAAGUUAAACCAAGACGUGCUGGCGGAGUAUGAAGAGUCGCGCCAGGGGAUGGUGACCGCGCAGCAGAACUACAGGUCGCUGGUGGAGCGCUUCCUGACGUUCGCGUCAGAAAAUAAGCAAAUCUACUCUAAAACGCUGCAGCUCUACGAAGACGCGACGAAGGAGUACGAGAAGUCGACCACGAUGACGCAGCUGCAGAUGCCGAUGCACCUGAGGCUGAUAGUCAACGUGAGUCUGCUGUACCUGAGAGCAGAUCAGUCAAACUCACUAACGAAGCUGCUGAUUAAGUCGCCGUAUCUGUCGUUUCAAGCAUUCGAGGACGCAAUUGGGGAGAUUUGGAAGGCCCAGAACACGAAGCUGGUGCUCCUGCCGCCAAAGCUGGGCAUCUGCGGCUGGCUUGGAAGGAACCACGUGACGCCACGCGGCCUGUCCUCAACAAUGAUAAACGCACUCGUGGCAGUAGAAGGAGUAAUAAACAAGUGCUCCGGAGUUUAUCCGAAGUUGAGCACGAGCGUGUACGUGGGAGAGGAGCUGUUGGACGUGUUCAACGAGGUGGAAAAGAGCGUGUACGUGAGGAACCACUACGACCUGACGGACCUGAAUAAGACGAGAAUGGACACGACGAUGCCGCCGCCAGUGGACCCGCAAGGGAAGGUGGUCUACAGGCAGGAGGUGGGCCUGAGUAACUUCAAGAACUACCAGACGUUCGUGCUGCAAGAGACGCCGGAGGACGCGUCGCUGGGACAAAUGCCGCGCUACGUGUCAGUGAUCGUGCAGGACGACCUGUGCAACAGAGUCAAGUGCGGAGACAGAGUGAGGAUCUGGGGAGUGUACAGAAUGCUGACGACGUCGAACGUAAACGCGUCGACAAUGACGAGUAGCAUAGGAAAGCCGUUCCUGGUGGCGAAUCACAUGAUCAUUAAAGAUAACCCGCACUUCACGAACACAGUGGUGUCAGGAGGCUCGGGCUACGAAGCAGGAAACACGCACUCAGCAGCAAGUAACAUAAUAACGGACGAAGAUAGAGCAAGGUUCAAGUACCUGGCGAAGAGAGAUGACACAGUUAAGAUACUGACGAACAGCGUGGCGCCGUCGAUCUGCGGGUUGAGUAUGAUCAAGAAGGGGAUACUGCUGCAGCUGAUAGGAGGGCACCUGAACUACAACAGCGAAGGGGGGAGUGAGAGUGACUCGUCGAGCGAAAAGAACCUGAGAGGAGACAUCCACGUGCUCCUGGUGGGAGACCCAGGGUGCGGAAAGUCGCAGCUGCUGCGCUUCGUAAUGUCGCUCUUCCCGAACACGAUUUCGACGACAGGAAGAGGCUCGACAGGAGUAGGUCUGACGGCAGCAAUCAUCCAGGACGAGGAGACGGGAGAGCGGAGAGUGGAAGGAGGAGCAAUGUUCGACAAAAUGAACUACGGAGACAGAGUGGCAAUCCACGAAGUGAUGGAACAGCAAACAGUGAGUGUGGCGAAGGCAGGAAUACACACGACGCUCAACGCGCGCUGCACAGUGCUGGCAGCAGCAAACCCGCUCUACGGCUGCUGGUCAGAGGACAUGCAGCUGGGAGAACAGCUGAACUUCGAGUACUCACUGCUCUCGCGCUUCGACCUGAUAUUCGUAGUGAGAGACGCGAACGACGAGGUGUUGGACGACAGAGUGGCAGACGCGAUCCUGAGGAACAUCACGCAGAAGGCGAGGCCAGUGAAGGCGUCGACGAAGCUGAGUAAGACGUCAGUGAUACAGCCGAAGCCAGGAGACCUGGCGCUGCAAGUGCAGUACACAAUACAGGCAUUCAACUCGAAUAACCUGACGACGAGCGUGGAGGAAAGCGUGCCGGAAAACCUGGCAAACCUGCUGCCGAAGAGCACGGGAGAAGGAGGAGGAAGCACACUGAACAGCCUGGAGAACACGCAAACGAACGAAAACACGGACUUGAGCCAGAAUACAGGAAGAAGAAGCGGCCAGAGCAGCGGAAACAACACAGAAGCAACGAACACGCAGAACAGCGCAAGAGCGACUGAAAGAAGAGCAGGCCUGAAGACGAAGACGAGCGCGAAGGGAGGGAAGUCGGGAGCUAAGCCAGGACAGAGCGACACUGAGGGACUCUUCGGAAACAUGAGCUACCUGGACGAGUUCGGAGCGGAGCACGAGGUGCUGGACCUGGUGACGCUGAAGAAGUACAUCUCAUACUGCAAAAGCGAAGGGCCGGAGCUGAGCCUGCCGGCGCGUAACGAGAUCAGCAGAAGCUACGCAGAAAUGCGCCAGCGCUGCAGCGACAACAAGAAGAAGCUGCUGCAGCUGGUCUCGCCGCGCACGCUCGAGGCAAUACUGCGCCUGUCAACGGCAUUCGCGAAGCUGAAGCUGAGCAGGUACAUCACGAGGCAGCACGUGAGAGCAGCAGUUAAGCUGCUGAACUACACGAUCUUCGGAGACCUAUACAGCAAGGACAAGUACAAGAAGGCGGAGCCGACGAGAGACGCGCGGGACGACGACUUCACGAGCAGCGAGGAGGAGGACUACAGCGACGUCGACGACGAGGACGAUGGCAGAGGAGGAAAGAGGAGCUCAAGAAAGAGGCUGAAGCGGUCUACGAGCUCCGCGACAACGAGCAGCGCCAGCACGAGGAGCAAGUCGGCGUCGCAGUCGCAGGACAGGGGCGAAGACGAAAAGGAGUCGGACGAGUUUACCUCAGUCCUGAUGAAGCAGCUCCAGCGACUCGACUUCGGGGACGGCGUGGAGCUUAGCGAGCUGUACCUGGCGCACAAGUCGAAGCAGCCGGUGACGCUGCGCGAGUUCAAGAAGAAGCUGCAGAGGCUCUCGAGGACUGAGAACGCCCCAAUAGUCUACUCGAGUCAGGACGAAAAGGUGUACACAUGCUAG